GUCUCUACAACAUAACAUUUGCAACAUACAUGUUACAAUCUGAAAGUACUCAACAUACAAAGAGCCAGGGGGAUGUGAACCAUCCUCAGGGAAAAGACAGUCAACAGACGCCAAUCGUGUUAUGACCCAGCUGGCUUAGUAACUGUGUUCAGUGAGGUAAAGGAAAAUACACUCAUAAUGAACAAAAACAUAGGAAAUCUCGGUAGAGGAGUAGAAAAUAUUUUUCAAAACAAGCCAGUUGGAAACUUUAGAACUGGAAAGUAAACACCUGAAAUAAAAAAUUCACUGAAUGGGCAUAAUAGAAUGGAAAUGACAGGAAGUAGUCAGACUUCAAAGACAAAUUAGUAGAAAUCAUCUGGUCUGAAGAAAAACUGGGGAAAUGAUUGAGGGAAAAGCAUGAAGAGCCCUAGGGACUCAUGGGGCAGUGUGAAGUGUCUCAGGCAGGGUAACUAUGGAGCCCAGAGGGGAGGCGAGAGACACAGUGGGGCAGGAGAAGUACUUGAAGAACAAUGAUCAGACUCUUUCCAAAUAUGGUGAAAAACGUAAAUUUAUAGAUUUCAGAAGCUCAGUGAGUCCCAAACAGGAUGAAUAUGACUAAAACCAUAAACAGGCACAUCAUUUUCAAAUUACUGAAAACUUUAAGAUUAACUUUAAAAAUCUUGACGGCAGCCAGAGAAAAACAAGACUACAUACACACAGCAUCACAAAGACUAGGAACUUAUCAUCAGAAGGCAAGUGGAGCUGCAUCUAUAAAGUUCUGGAAGAAAGAUAGUCAACCCUCCAGGAGUGUGUGUUAAAUACAGAUGUUUUCAGAAGAAGGAAGACUGAUGGAAUUUGUUGCCAUCAUCUGUGUACUGCCAGACAUGCUGAAGAAAGUCUUUCCAGGCUGAAGGAAAAUGAUACCAGAGUGAAACUCAGGUCUUUAUGAGUGAGUGAUGAGCAUCAAAAAGGGUAAAUAUCUGGGGGGAACGUUUUCUUUAAAAUACGUAUUUAAAGAAAAAAUCAGAACAUGUCUUGGGUUUGUAAUGCAUACAGAUGAAAUACGUAUGAUAACUGUAGCAUAAGGAACAGUGAAGGGGAUCUGUGGACCUGCAGGUUCUGCCUUUACAUGAAGUGCUGCAGUAUUGAUUCUAAGUAAGCUGUGAAACAGUGGGGAUGUGUGUUGCAGUCCUAGAGCAAUAACCAUAAAAAUAAUGCAGAGACUCAUAACUGAAGAACCAAAAGAUAAAUUGACAGGGGAUUUUUAAAAAUAUUCAAAUAAUAUAAGAGAAAACAGGAAAGAGAGAACAGAGAAAUAAAACACCAGAGAGACAGCAGAAAACAAAUAAUAAAAUGGUAGCCUUAAAUCCAACCAUAGCAUCAUUAUACAUUUGCCAAUGCCCAGCAUCAAGAGUGAUCCUGAUGUAAAUAUGGACUUGAGGCAACAGUGAUGUGUCAGUGUAGGUUCAUCAGAGUACCUAUCUGGGGCCGGAUGUUGACAGUGGGGGAGGCUCUGCUUGUGUGGGGGCAGGGGGUGUAUGGGAAUUCUCUUACUUCCUGCUCAGUUUAGCUGUGAACCCAAAACUGCUCUAAAAAAAUUAAGUCUUUUAUGUAUUAAAACCAAGGAACAAGUAGAAAAAUAAUAAAAUGGUAGACCUAAGUCUAACCACAGUGAUAAUUAAAUUAAAUGUUAAUGGACUAAACUCUCCACUUAAAAGGUAGAGGUUAUCAGAAUGCGUAAAUAAGCAAGACCCUACUACAUGCUGUCUAUGGGAGAUUCACUUUAAAAUUAUUUAUUUAUUAAUUUUUGGGUCUGUGUUGGGUCUUCGUUUCUGUGCGAGGGCUUUCUCUAGUUGCGGCGAGCGAGGGCCACCCUUCAUCGUGGUGCGCGGGGCUCUCACUGUCGCGGCCUCUCUUGUUGCGGAGCACAGGCUCCAGACGCGCAGGCUCAGUAGUUGUGGCUCACGGGCCCAGUUGCUCCGCGGCACAUGGGAUCUUCCCAGACCAGGGCUCGAACCCUUGUCCCCUGCAUUGGCAGGCAGAUUCUCAAGAACUGCGCCACCAGGGAAGCCCGAGGUUCACUUUAAAUAUCAAAAACACAGGUUGAAAAUAAGUGAAUGCAAAAUGUGUAUGUAUACAAAUAGCGUAAGAAGGCUGGAGUGGCUAUAUUAAUAUCAGAUAAGGUAGAUUCACAAUAUGGAGUAUUACUAAAGAGAACGAGGAAAUUCUAAUAAUAAAGAGGUUGUUUCAUCAGGAAAACAUCAAUUAUGAAUGCACCCAAUAAAGGGAGUAAUAAGCAAUCAUAGUAGGCAAUUUUAGCAUCUUUCUCUCACCAGUUAUUAGAACAAAAGACCUAAAGAAAUCAGUAAAGACACAGAGGAUCUGAACAGUGCUCCCAAGCAUCUUGAGCUGAUUGAUAUUUGUGGAAAGCCACACCCAUCAGAAGCAGAACACAAAUUCCUUCUAAGUGCAUAUUCUCUAACAAAGACCAACUGCUGUGCCCUAAAACAAGUUUCUAAGAAAAGUAGUGUACAGCUGUAUUUAUUUGCAUAGGACAUGAUUAUAUAGAAGACACUAAGAAAUCUGUGAAAAACUGCUAGAACUAUUAAGUGAAUUUAGCAAAAUCUCAGAACUCAAGGUUAAUAUGCAAAUUUUACUUGUAUUUUUGUAUACUAACAGCAAACCGUUACGAAAUGCAAUUAGAGGCCACCGCAGCCCCUGGGAGUCUGGAAAGGGGGAACUGCGAGCCAGUGAACGGCUCAGUCCCUGGGCAGCAGGGGCCGGUGGAGGUGGGGCGCUGCUGCUGCGAGGGGCUGGCGGAGGUCCGCACCAGCCACGCUGAAGGAGGAGGCUGAAGGAAGAAGGAGGAGGGACCACCAGAAGCGGGACACGUGGACAAAGUUCAAGAGGAGGACAAGACAUAGUAGAAUCAGACUGCCGCUGUCUGAGAGCUGGGGCUACAGAGCUUGAAAUUACCCUGGAAAACCUCUGAAAUGUUGCGCCCUUCACCACUUCCUCCUACGGACUCCAGAGGCAACACACCUUAUUAAGCAUGAGAGUUGGAAGAUCACUGUGUAUAUUUUGCAGGAGCACAGACUGAGGUGUUUCUGUUCCUCUGACCUUGAGUUACCGUUGCUUUCCAUUGUGGUCUCUUUCCCCUCAGUGUUCCUCUCCGUUCUUCACUUCUAGUCCCACCGCCUUACCAAGUGUGAUCGACUCACGCAGGUGAAUUAGACCAUCUUUUCGCACGCUGUUUUCCUCCCUGUCUGCCAGUAUUACUCUGAACUUGACCGUUUUAACCUGAACCGUUCACGUGGGUUUGCAGUUCCCACUCUGCUUUUCAAACUUUCUGAUGUCGCGUCACCAUGACAGUCAGCAUUGGCUCAGGUUACCCUGUGGACAUACCUCUGUUAGGACAGUUAGCACAUCCGGGGCUGCCCAGCCCGAGAGGUGCAGAGCAGGCGCAGAGAAGUAAUCCCGACAGAGAAAACGUUAAAGAGCUUGGCCUGUGGUUGACUUAAUUACCACUUCAAGCGUGGGGAAGGUCCUUAUACAGAAGUCCUGGCCGGUGAUAAUCUGGCCUCAAGGAAAACAGAGGAGCAGGUGGCUUACGUUGCAGACCGCUUUGUGGUUAGAACAGGGGGACAUUUGAUGGCGUGGGUUUUUAGCAAGAGGAUGAAGUCCUUUAGUAAAGGGUAGAGUGCUUCAGCCAGGGGCUAGUGAAUAAAACGCUGACUCCUGAUGGCCAUAAACGCCGGCACCUAACGCCUGUGGCCCUGCUCCCCGUCUCCAAAAUGGCUUGGUGAGUUUCAGAUUUGGCCAUUUUUAAGUUUAUGGGAUAGAUUAGGCAUGACCCCUCUUGAAAGUUUCCCUGCAAGGUAUAUGGCAGGAUAUGUCUUCCCAUGUAACAAAAUACCAUUAAAAGUCGUAACUGCUGCUGUGCAACUUCUGCCUUUUAGUAGAAACUUCUAUUCCUUGAACGACGUGUAUUGGUGCAUCUUUCUUUGCUUUUUAUCUCUUUCAAAUAGAAUGUUUCAUGUUUGACUUGCUUAUCUGUAUGUCUCCUGGGAAUCAGUUUCUGCCCAGUACUUCCUGCUGGUUUAUUUCAUAGGACACUUUUAAGGAGUGAGGUUGCAGAUGGGUUCACAGGUGACUUGACCUUGGAAAACUGUGGGGAUUGACAGAGGGAACUCGUCUUUGAGCACCUGUUCUCAGAGCAACAUUCAGAUCUGUAGAAACAUACCUAGGCUCAUUGGAUGAACAUUUAGAAUUCUAGUAAAUUGCUCAGAGAUUCCUAAAGUCCACUUUAGAGGAUCAGACCGUGCGACUGUGUUGUUAUUAUUUUAAUUUGUGUAGUGUCCAAAGUUACUUUUUAAAAAGAUUAAUUUGUUUAUUUUUGGCUGUGUUGGGUCUUCAUUGCUGCGUGUGGGCUUUCUCUAGCUGCGGCGAGAAGGGGCUACUCUUUGUUGUGAUGCGUGGGCUUCUUACUGCGGUGGCUUCUCUUGUUGCAGAGCACGGGCUCUAGGCGUGUGGGCUUCAGUAGUUGCAGCAUGCGGGCUCAGCAGUUGCGGCUCACGGGCUUAGUUGCUCCGCGGCAUGUGGGAUCUUCCCAGACCAGGGCUCGAACCCGUGUCCCCUGCAUUGGCAGGCAGAUUCUUAACUACUGCGCCACCAGGGAAGUCCCCAAAGUUAUGUUUUUAAAAGUGUUCGUGCUUUUUGUAAAGUGAUUUGUUCUAAGCACAUUAAAGGUCAUUCAAGUGUUGUUCAAAAAAAAGAAAGAAAAAAGAAAUUAGAGAGUUAAUUAUAUUUACAAUAAUACCCAAAGACAAAAUAUUUAGUAAUAUGUUUAACAAAAGAUGUGUGAGAGCGCCUCUUCACUGAAAGCCACAGAACAUUGCUGAGAGAAAUUAAAGACAACUUGAAGGGACUUCCCUGGUGGUCCAGUGGCUAAGACUCUGUGCUCCCAGUGCAGGGGGCCCGGGUUCAAUUCCUGGUCAGGGAACUCGUCCCACAUGCCGCAACUAAAAAAAGAUCCCGCGUGCCACAACUAAGACCCGGCGCAGCCAAAUAAAUAUUUUAAAAAAUAAACAAAGACAACUUGAAGAAAUGGAGAGAGAGCAUGUUUGUAGAUUAGAAGACUCAAUAUUGUUAAAAUGUCAGUUAUCCCAGUCAAGAUUCCAGAAGGCUUUUUGUAGUAAUUGACAAGAUGAUUCUAAAACAUGGAAAUGCAGGUGACCUGGAAUUGCCAAAGCAAUUACACAAAGCAGGGCUUCACUCUGCCUGACUUCAGACUUUCUGUAAAGCUUCAGUAGUUGAGACUGUGGUACUGGUGACACACAGAUGAACGGAACAGAAUAGGAAGUCCAGAAGUAGACCCACACACAGACAAUUGAUUUUCAACAAGGAUGUCAAGAGAAUUUAAUAUGAAAAGGAAAGCCUUUUUAACACAUGGUGCUACAACUGGAUAUACAUAGGGAAGAAAAAUGAACUUGAUCUUUACUUCACACCAUGACACAAAAGUAACUCAAAGAAAACACAGGAAAUCCUUAUGACCCUGAGGUCAAGGCAGAGAUUUCUUAGGACGCAGAAAGCAAGAACCAUAAAAGAAAAAAUGGAUGCAUUCGAUUUUACCAAAAUGAAAACAUUUGCUCUUCUGAAGAUACCCGUUAGAAAAUGAAAAGACAAGUCACAAAAUGGGAGAAGAUAUUUACAGUACAUAUAUCUGACAAAAUACAUGAAGAGUUAGCACGUAAUAAUAGACAGAUGGCCCAGCCGAACAGCGUGGCCCAAAGAUGUGAACAGACACAUUAUGAGAGAUGUAAGAUGUGUGAAUGGCUGACAAGCAGGACAGAGGUGCUGACUGUCGCUAGUUACCAGGGAAACGCAGGUUGGAACAGCAGGAGAACCGCUGCCCGGCCGCCGGUGCGAGGCCACUAGCUGGCAGGGCCAGAGCAGGUGAGCCAGCCACUGCACACGGAGCCGCUGCCCGAGAAUAGCAGGGCAGCUUCCCAGAGAGUCCCCUUGACCUGGUGCUUCCAAGUAUUUACCCAAGAGGAAGGAAAGCAAGCGACUGUGCAGGAACGGGCCCAAGAACGUCCCCAGCAGCGUUAGCCACCAAAAUGUGGAAACAGCCACAUGGCCAUCAGCAGGCAGCGGGCAAGGGAAGUGUCCUCGCAGUGGAUGCCACUCAGCCACGAGAGGGCAAAGUAUGGAGGAAUCUGAAGAUCGCUGUGGCCAUGCUGAAGGGCAGGAGCCCGACACAAGGUGCGUGGACAGUGUGGUCCGUUCUCCUGAAAUUCCAGAAGACACCGUCCACAUGCAGCGGCAGGGCUUGGCCGGGCAGGCGGGGGCCGUGGAGGGGCCGCACGGUGUGGACACCGUACUCAGUCGUGUCCACUGAGUAGCAGACAGAGGUGUCGACUGAGACCUGAUUCCUGAAUCAAAGGUGUCAAUGCGGCUGUGACACCAGUAGUUGCCACCUGAGGGGAUUUCACAUUCUAGAAAGGGGAUGGUGCCGCAGGAAAGAGCAGGUGUUCUUUUUGUUUUUGCGGUACGCGGGCCUCUCACCAUUGUGGCCUCUCCCGUCGCGGAGCACAGGCUCCGGAUGCGCAGGCUCAGCGGCCAUGGCUCACGGGCCCAGCCGCUCCGCGGCAUGUGGGAUCCUCCUGGACUGGGGCACGAACCCGUGUCCCCUGCAUCAGCAGGCGGACUCCCAACCACUGCGCCACCAGGGAAGCCCAAGAGCAGGUGUUUUUAAUGGGGGGACUUGACGUGGGGGGCGGCGUCUGCUCCAUCAGCCUGGACUAAAGGCAGCACAGAGCAAAUGGCAGGACAGACCCCAGCCCGGGACCCCCAGGCCCUGGGCCAGUGGGCGGAGGGGCUUCUCGCCCCCCAGCCCCAAGCGCGCCCUCUGUGGAACCUGAACCAGGCCCCCUCACGCGCAGCUCCACCCUGCAGCUGUUUUUGUUAAGAAAAAAGUGUUUUUAGAGGUGACUUUUAUGUGUUUGGGACAGAUUAUAAUUGUAGUUCCCACCUUUCAGAAUAAAAACCCGACUCACGAUUUACUUCCGGGGUUGUGCAGGCCGGUGUGUUUCCCCGGUUACGUUAGAAGUGUGGCACCGUGAGCGCUGAAUCGCGUGGGCUGUCGCGUUUCGUGUGGUUUUAGCGUUAGGACGUUUACUUGCAGUCUGUUUGCUCUCUGGAUCCAUCACCCGCCAGAGGCACCUGCACCCAGUACUCCCUGUGUCACGGCUUUUAGUGCCCCAGCUGGGUGUUUUCCACACACCCUCCCGUGAUGACAACAGGGCCAAGGGCACAAAACUGUUAAGACCGAGGGGUCCUGACCAGCCUGGCCGCCCCAGAGGCACCCUUGCCAUUCCGUCUCUGGGUGAAAAUACUGGAAAUCGAAUUCGGGUCUUAUGAGGACAGGAUGAGAUGGCGGGUGGGAGGGCCGUCCGAGCUCUGGGGCAGGACUGGCUCACCCAGACCCUCUCUGCUCAGUCCUUCUUCCUGGAAGCAGCAGCGAACGGUGGGAAACUGGCGGAGGAGGGAGCCCCGGACCGAGGGUCUGCCGGCCUCCAGGAGGGCCAGACCCUGAGCUCCGGGACAUGGCGCUCCAGCGCGCCGUCCUCCUGGCCAGCCUCCUGGUGGAAGUUGCCAGUAGAUCCUCAGGAAGUGCGACCUCUUUCUGGAGCUGAAAUAGGGUCUCCACAGAGCUGCCCACUGGCACUGGCCACAGCUAGUGGGGCGGACAGAGACGCCCACUUCAGGCUCAGACUCGGCCAGGUCAUGUCUCCCAAGCCGGUGACACAGGGUCAGCAGCCCAAGUGUUGUGUGGACGUGGUGGACACCAACGCCACCUGCCCAGGCACUAACCUGUGUGGCCCAGGCUGCUACGGGCACCGGGCCGAGGACGGGACCGUCAGCUGCAUCCGCUGCAGGAACGGGACUCACAACAGCUCCGAGUGCAGAGGCUUCGCUGCCCGGGGCGCGCACUUCCCCAUGAACAGGAGCACGGGGAUGCCUGGGCGGCCGAGUUUUGGGGGCCCCCAGGUGGCAGCCUCCCUCUUCCUGGGGACGUUUCUCAUCAGCUCGGGCCUCAUCCUCUCCGUGGCUGCAUUCUUCUACCUCAAGCGUGCCAGUAAGCUGCCUGACGUCUUCUAUGGAAGAAACAAAGCCCCCAGCCUGCAGCCUGGCGAAGCUGCCGCGAUGAUUCCCCCACCUCCGUCCUCAGUGCGGAAGCCGCGCUACGUCCGGCGCGAGCGGCCCUCGGACAGGGACGUGGGCCCCACUGCCGUCUCUUCCGUGGAGGCCCGGGUGAGCAACGUCUGAUCCCGCGGCCCAUCCACAGCCCCGCGUGCUGCUGAGGGGGGGCCCACACGAAGGCUGGGCACUGCCCAGCGAGGCCUCAGGACAGGCCUGCACACGGCCCUGGCUCGUCCUUCUCUAGCCACAGAUGUGGAGUGAGAGCCGCCUGCCCGCAGGCCUUCCUCAGCGCACACAGCCGCUCAGCGUGACUGACCCGGGGCAGCACUCCAGCCUCUGGCCCUGAGCCGGGCCGGGGAACCAGGCCGCGUGGGGUCCAGGCUCCUCGGGAGAGACGACCUGCAGGACCCGGGUGCCCCUCCACCUUGGAGCCCAUGGUGGGCAGACCCCCCGCACCCCCUCUGAGAGCAGUGAGGCCGAGGCCUUUGGGGGGUCCGGCCGCAUCCACACACAGGCAGUUUCGGGCCUGCAAACCGGCCCCUGGGCUCAGGCGCCCGCAGGGCUGUCCUGCAUGGCCACAGCUGCCCACUUCCAGGCGCUGCGGGAGUGAGUCGCCUGGCCUCCUGCUGACUCUUACCUGUGCUUAAGCAGAAAGCACUUUGCAUAGAAGUCCAAGAGGCACGCUGCCGUCGUCUGCACCCCGCCUGGGCCCCAGGCACUGGAGGUCCUCAUCCACCUUGGGAUGGACACUGGCCCGAAGCUGCUGGAGGUCGAGACCCCCCAGGGACGUGUCAACCCAGGGCCACGUUUACCUGUGACUGCCGCCUGGACUGGCUGUCUCGCUGGACCUGCCGAGGGCCGCCCUGGCCAGCAGUCCUGUCCCGCUGCCCCUGCCCCGAGGCAGCAGCCCGUGUUCCCUGCCUCGGCCGGUUGCGGAGGGACGGCUCUGGGUUCCUGUGGAAAUGGGGGAGCGUCGGGGUGCCCACUGAGCACGGGCAGGGUGCUGCCUGGCCUCCCCAGAGCCUCCACGGGGACUGACGUUUUCUCCUCCGGUGUCUGGUCCACGUCCGCGGGGCCCACGGCAGGGCCUGUGUGGCCAGCCUCCUGCUUUCUGCACUGGGAUUCCCACUGCGGUGUUUGUGGUUUAUGGACACAAGCUCGGUCGCCAGGACAUGAACGAUGACUGACCGGCAGCUGAGAGGGGCGGCCACCUGAAAUCAGCGUCAAUAAACCACUCAGGCCCUUCUC